UCCCGAGCAGUCUCGUGCCGGACGUUGCGCGGCCGCGACACCCAGUGCCAACGCUGGCUUAGAGGUGUUGCUUUGCCUUCCCUGGGGCAUCUAGUGCAGUCAGGCGAGGCUCUAGUCUGGCCAACUCAGUGCAGUCAGCCUCUCUGCUGAGCGCGGACCACCGUGGGUAGGGACCCAGACAGGAACAAUAGGCCUCCAAGCGGGCAAUGGCAGUAUGAUCCCACUUCACAGCUAUGCAAGAUGUAUGUGCUCUGGAAUACCACAAGUGAACAUCUGCCUGCCAGUCCUUCAUCACUACAGAGCUACUCUCUUCCUAUGGGGCACUGAGGGGCUUAGCCAGAUAGUAUCUGUUUCUUUGCCAGUGUUCCUGUGCCUGUAUGUGUUUUUGUAUGUGAGUGGUACAUACCAAUGCAUGAAACAUGAACAAUGUAAAGAUUAAUGAAGCAAGGUCUGAAUAUCCUACUCAGUUUAAGAUGUAGAACCUUAUCAAAAGUUUAGAUACCUCCAUGUGUCUGUCAUAGUUGCAUCUUUUCAGAGGUAACCACUGUCCUGAAGUUCCUCUCAAUCAUUUCCUUGAUUAUCUUGAUAGUUAUUUUUUUUAGUUUUGCUUAACAUUUUGGUGUUUAUAAAAUGAAGCCGUGCAGGUAUUCUUAUUUAUUUUUUUGCACAGCAUGUUUUUGAGAUUCAUUAGUAGAAUGUAUAGUUGAAGGUCUUUAUUCCCUUUCUCUGUUGUAUUCCAUUGCAUCUAUUCUAUUGGUAGCCAUUAAUAGUUUCUGUUACUAUAAAAACAGGGCUGCAGAGGGCAUUCUUGUCUGGAAUCCUGGUGCACAUGUCCAGUAGUUCUUUAAGGCAGCAGUUCUCAAAAGGUAGGGGGAAGAGAUGGAGAGUUAGAGGAAGAGACACUUUUGGUUGUUGCACCUGAAAGGUGAGGUGCUACUGGCAUCUAGUGGGUAAAGGCCAGACAUGCUGCUAAAUAUCCUAAAAAGCACAGAAUAGCUUCUUGACCUCCUACAGUCUCCACUCUCCUCUGAAAGAAUUGUCCAGCUUUUAGUGCUGUUGCUGAGGUUGAGAACCACCACUUCAGGAUAAAUGCUUGAGAUGGAUUACUGAAUUCUUAGACUCUGAAUAAAGAUAGCCUCAUCUUCCCAGUUCAUCAUGGCUUCACCCUCAAGAGGUGCCCGCUCAAAGGUGAAGUCCACUAAGCUGCUUGAGGUUCUGAAUGCAUUGGAGGAGGAAGAGUCUGGCAACAACAGGGAGGAGAUUUUCAUUGCACCCCCAGACAAUGCUGCAGGGGACUUCACAGAUGAGGAUUCUGGGGAUGAAGAUGGUCGACGAGGUGCUCAACUGCCUGGCAGCAUGCUCCAUGCUUCAGUUGUGUCUGAGGACUCUGGCACUGGAGAGGAUAAUGAUGACCUGGAGCUGCAACCAGCCAAGAAGAGGCAGAAGGCAGUAGUGGAACCUCAGCGUGUUUGGACCAAAAGAGAUAUUCGACCAGACUUUGGCAGUUGGACAGCAUCAGAUCCUCACAUUGAAGAUCUCAAAAGCCAGGAACUAAGUCCUGUAGGCCUCUUUGAAUUGUUUUUUGAUGAAGGAACAAUUAAUUUCAUUGUUAACGAAACCAAUCGUUAUGCUUGGCAGAAAAGUGUCAACCUGGGUCUCACAGCCCAGGAAUUGAAGUGUGUUUUGGGCAUUUUGAUUUUAAGUGGGUAUAUCUCCUACCCAAGGAGAAGGAUGUUUUGGGAAACCUCUCCUGACUCACAUCAUCAUCUUGUGGCUGAUGCAAUUAGAAGGGACAGAUUUGAACUGAUCUUCUCAUACCUCCAUUUUGCAAAUAACAGUGAACUUGAUGAAAGUGAUAGGUUUGCCAAGGUCAGGCCUCUUAUCGUCAGAAUGAACUGCAAUUUCCAGAAGCAUGCACCCUUGGAAGAGUUCUAUAGCUUUGGUGAGUCCAUGUGUGAAUACUUUGGGCACCGGGGAUCCAAGCAGCUGCACUCAGGGAAACCUGUGAGACUUGGCUACAAAAUCUGGUGCGGGACAACCAGCAGAGGCUACUUGGUGUGGUUUGAACCUUCACAAGGCACAUUAUUCACCAAACCAGACAAGGGCUUGGAUCUAGGGGGAAGUAUGGUAAUAAAAUUUGUGGAUGCACUUCAGGAGCGUGGCUUUCUGCCAUACCACAUAUUUUUUGACAAGGUGUUUACAAGUGUCAAAUUGAUGUCCAUUUUGAGGAAGAAGGGGGUGAAGGCCACAGGAACUGUUCGUGAGUACCGGAUUGAGCGAUGUCCCCUCAAAGAUCCUAAAGAAUUGAGAAAAAUGAAGAGGGGUUCGUUUGAUUACAAAGUUGAUGAGAGUGAGGAGAUCAUUGUGUGCCGCUGGCACGAUAGCAGCGUGGUCAACAUCUGCUCCAAUGCUGUGGGCAUAGAGCCAGUGAGGCUGACUAGCCGUCACUCAGGAGCAGCCAAAACACGAACUCAGGUCCACCAGCCGUCACUGGUGAAGCUGUAUCAGGAGAAGGUGGGAGGUGUUGGCAGGAUGGACCAAAAUAUUGCCAAGUACAAGGUGAAGAUCCGGGGCAUGAAGUGGUACUCAAGCUUCAUUGGCUAUGUUAUUGAUGCUGCCCUCAACAAUGCAUGGCAACUGCACAGGAUCUGCUGCCAAGAUGCACAGGUGGACCUCCUUGCCUUCCGGAGAUACGUUGCCUGUGUAUAUCUGGAGAGCAAUGCUGAUAUGUCCUCACAAGGGAGGAGAAGCAGGCGGCUGGAAACUGAGAGCCGCUUUGAUAUGAUUGGGCAUUGGAUCAUCCACCAGGACAAGAGGACACGAUGUGCCCUCUGCCACUCACAGACCAACACCCGGUGUGAGAAGUGCCAGAAGGGCGUCCAUGCCAAGUGUUUUAGGGAGUACCACAUCCGAUGACAGCAAAGAUGCGCUCGUUGUGGUUUAGAAUGCGGUCUCCACAGAUAAUUACAUAUAACAAUUAGCACUUAUGUUUUAUUUGUUUAGGAAAAAAGAUCUGAAUUUUCAAUCAUUUGGUUUUGUAUUUUCUCCCUGUCCCCAUUAUUAUUAUUAUCUUUUUUAUUGUAUGCUACUAUGCCUACAUGUAAUAUAAAUUAAUAUUUAUGUUAAUCAUAAAUGUUUGCAAAUCUGUAUUUUAUACCAUUAUUUAUCUAAACCUGUUCAA